UGUUAUGUGGAAAUGUCGCAAACUGCAAACAAAGAUGCGCUAUUUCUAACAAUGUGCCAGCGCUGAAUGCAGACUGCUUCUGGACAAGAUGCAACAGUCCUGUCGAUCCAUCUAGGAGGUCUACCAAGCACCAUGUCAGGGAUAUCAGACGGGAAAAAGAAGUGGGCAGCAGUCAGGGACCGCCUGGGCUCCUCUCAGGACUCCGACACGCAGCAGGAGGCCAACCUGGAGAGCGCCGAUCCUGAGCUGUGCAUCAGAUUGCUGCAGGUCCCCACUGUGGUAAACUACUCGGGGCUGAAGCGUCGCCUGGAAGGCAGCGACCAGACAUGGAUGGUCCAGUUUCUGGAGCUGAGCGGCUUGGAUCUGCUCCUGGAAGCCCUGGACCGGCUCUCGGGCCGUGGGUGCUCCCGCAUCGCGGAUGCCUUAUUGCAGCUCACGUGCGUCAGCUGUGUCCGAGCGGUAAUGAACUCAUCAGCAGGGAUCCACUUCAUCAUAGAAAACGAGGGAUACAUUCGGAAGCUCUCGCAAGCCUUGGACACUUCAAACAUCAUGGUGAAAAAGCAGGUGUUUGAGCUCCUCGCAGCCCUCAGCAUCUUCUCUGCAGAAGGUCACCGUUUGGCUCUGGAUGCUCUGGAUCAUUACAAGGGCUUGAAGACACGGCAGUAUCGCUUCAGCGUCAUCAUGAACGAGCUGCAGGCCACAGAUAACGUCCCUUACAUGGUCACGCUCCUCAGCGUCAUCAACGCCCUCAUCUUUGGCACGGAUGACCUGAGACACAGAGAUAAAAUGAGAAAGGAGUUUAUUGGCCUCCGGUUGCUUGACAUUCUGCCCAAAUUAAGGUAA